AUGAUGUGGUUUUGGCAGGUAACUCCUCAUCUGAGAUUCAAAAAGUCAAGCUUCUCCUUGAUCAGAAAUUUAGAAUCAAGGACCUUGGUCAGCUGCAUUUUUUUAGGAUUUGAGAUUGCUCGAUCUCCUGCUGGCAUUUUUCUCAAUCAAAGUAAGUACACCCUUGAGCUUUUGGAGGAUGCUGGCCUCCUUGCUGCUAAACCAUUUGUUAUCCCUUUUAAUCCUACUGCAAAAUUGUUCGUUGACGAUGGCCCCGUCUUAGAUGACCCCUCUUUAUACCGAAGAUUGAUUGGAAAACUAAUUUACCUUACCAAUUCACAGUCUGGUAUUUCGUUUGUUGUACAACACCUCAGCCAAUAUGUCUUCAAUCCUCGUGUGCCUCACUACCAAGCUGCUACUCAAAUUCUGAGAUGUUUGAAGUUUGUUCUAGCUAAAGUCUUACUUUUCUCUACUACUAGCAAAUUACAACUUUUUGGAUUCGCUGACUCUGAUUGGGCUAGGUGCCCAGAUACCAGAAAAUCUAUUAAAGGCUAUUGUGUUAUGUUAUGGUCGUCUUUGUUGUCCUGGAAGUCCAAAAAGCAACACACAGUUUCUAGGUCAUCAAUUGAGGCCGAGUAUCGUGCUUUGGCAGCUGUUACAUGUGAGCUUCAAUGGCUAAGUUUCUUAUUCCAAGACCUUCUGGUGCACUUUGACAAACCUGCUUCUAUCUUUUGUGAUAACAAAUCUUCUAUCUAUUUAGCUUACAAUUGUAACGCAUGUUAA